ACCCAAAGCCUGGCGUAUCAGAAAUACGCGUCAACGAAUGCUGUGAGCCUUUCAAGCCGCAGCCCACAGAGGCGUCAGGUGCGCGACUCAUCGCUGGCAGCACGAUCGGGGAGCUGCCGGGAGGAAGACAAGGAGCCCCCCGUGAGGAAGGCACCACGCCUCACGGAAGGCGACACCCUUCCUCCGGCCUCUCCCCUUCCUUCUCCGGCUCGGCCCGGCCGCCUCAGCGCCGCCCUCAGGGCCGCCCCUUCCCCGCCAUCGCCGGCGGCUCCCGGUGGGCGCGGGGCCGCGCCAUGGCGGCGGGGCGCUGCUGGCUGCCGGCCUUGGCGCUGGUGUGGGGCUGCGUCGGGAUGGCGGCCGCCGUCCUUCACCACCGUCACCCCGCCGGUGCAGGCCUGUUCCGAUUUGUCCCAUAGGUCCUGUGAAGAAUGUCUAAAAAAUGUUUCGUGCCUUUGGUGUUACACCAACAACACCUGUAUUGAUUAUCCUGUAAGAAGCAUUCUUCCAUCAUCUUCAUUAUGCUCACUCUCAAAUGCUCGAUGGGGAGUUUGCUGGAUAAACUUUGAAGCUUUGAUCAUUGCCAUAGCUGUAAUAGCUGGACUCAUUCUGGUGUCCAUAGCCAUCUGUUGCUGUUACUGCUGUUACUGCAGAAAGCGUUCCAAGAGUAGACGAGAUGAUGAAGAGGAGCAGUUAGCUAGAAAGAGAGAGGAGCGAAGACUACAGUCUCUUCAGAGGAAACAUGAAAGAAAACAGAAGCAUGAUGAAAUACGGAAGAAGUAUGGUCUUCUCCAGGACUCUGAUAAUCCAUACAGCAGAUUUGAGAACGAAUAAAGCUGAGCACAUUCCAUUAAGUGUAUAGCUCCAGAAUACAGGAAGAUUUUUUUGUUUGUUAUCAUUUGCCCUGUGAGAUCUAUUUUUCCAAAGAUUGUUCUCCUUUUACCUCCCCCACUCCCAGUUUUAAAACUAGGCGUGGAUGAGGACUGCAUGAAAUACUUAUUUCUUUUACCCAUAUAGGAUGAUUUUUUAUAAAUGCUUUUGUUUGUUGAAAUGUUUGCUGCCUAUAUUGACAUUUGUGUGAAACGUUACCUUUCUUCCUCUGUCUUUUGUUACCUUAUUUAGAUGGUUUACAGUCAUGAUCAUGUAUUUGAAUUCAGUCUUAACUGCCACUUAAACAGUUGUUCCUGUGUUCCUAAAUAAAGAUUUUUUUUUCCUUACUGUAUGUUUUAUAAAAAUAAAAGGCAACAAGGAAGCAUAGCUUCACACAGCAGAAAUAGCUCAUGUUUGUACUGAGGAGGAAUUACAACGGGCACAUUCUUAAGUGUUGUUAUAGAAUGAGAAGUGUUCUAUUUUCCCCCCCCCCCCCCCCCCCCCCCCCGGAAAAAGAGGAAAGACUAAUGUGUAAGGGUUGAGUGAGGGGAGCUCAUAUGUGUUUGAGUAUUUAAAUGCAGUAACAGAAGUGCUAAUGUAUACUUUGGCUAUAUAAUUUUGAAAAAGAAAUUACACAGUAAAAUGGGCAAGAUUUACAUUUGGUAAAAUGUACCGAAACUGAUGACUGACUAGAUGAAUAUACACCUAACUUGAACCCUGUGAACAUGUUCUUUUAUAACUUUAGUGUUUAAAAAAAUAAAAACCAAAUGUUGCCAGGAUUCUGCAGUUUGUAAUAGAGUAAGCAUGGUGGGUUGACCCCAGCCAGCAGCUAACACCACCCAGCCACUUGCUUGUUUAAAGUGAAUGAGGGAGAGAAUGUAACAGGAAAGGUGAGAAAAAUGGUAUGUCAAGACUAAGAUGGUUUAGUAAGUGAAGGAAAGGGGAGAAGGAAGGGAAAGGAGAAGGAAAAAAAAAAGCCAAAACCAAAUGAUGUGAUCACUACCUCCCUGAAGCAAACCUCUGCCCAGCUGGUUUCUGUGCACUGACUAGCUCCCACCAAAACACCCUCUUCCCUUUUUAUUGCUGAGUAUAGUGUUGUGUGGCAUGGCAAAUCCCUUUGGUCAGGUUGGGUCAGCUGUCCCAGCUGUGUCUUCUCCCAGCUUCUUGCACAGCCCCAGCCUAUUUGCUGAUGGGGGCAGAAGAGGGAGAACCUUGAUGUUAUACAAGCAUGGCUCAGCAAAGGCCAAAGAAGUAGUGUGUUAGCAACUCAUGUUAGCCACAACUACAAAGCAUGGCGCCAUGCAGGCCAUACUGUGAAGAAUGCUAAAUGCAUCUCAGCCAGUCCUGUAUAGUAAGAAAGUAUUUGUUUUUUAACCUUUUAAUCUUUUCCAUAAUACGACUUAUUUCCUUUCUCUCUUCCUAGAGGUGUUUCAUUGGGUGUUUUUACUAGCUUACCAAUGUAAUACAAGAAGCAAGGAUCUUGUAUGGUUUAGAUAACCUCUCUGUGUAUUAUCCGGUAUUGUACAGUAUAAAAUAUAUUCAUGUUAUUUUUAUCAAUGUUCUUAAAAUAAAUCCUUUAAUAUCCUUAA